AUGCAGUACCCCAUCACCACACCUGUACCGCCCAAAACAACGAAUAUAGUACCAGAGUACACAUUUCUUGAGGAUAAUUAUCAGUGCCAGACUUCUGUUCCAACACAUAAAACAAUAACAUAGACAACUCCAGAGCUCCCUUUACAACAGAACAGCUAUGGCAUUGAAGACCUUAACUCUCCCUGAUCUCCCUUAUGCCUAUGAUGCUCUUGAGCCUUUUAUUAGUGGCGAGAUAAUGUUUCUUCAUCACCAGAAGCAUCACCUGGCUUAUGUUACUAACUACAAUAAGUCUCUUGAGCUUCUCAAUCAGGCUAUCGCAAAUGGUGACUCUUCCUCUGUUGUCAAGCUGCAAAGUUCUAUCAAGUUCAAUGGAGGAGGUCAUAUCAACCACUCCAUUUUCUGGAAGAAUCUUGCACCUGUCAGUGAAGGAGGUGGUAUACCCCCACAUGGUUCCCUUGCUUCAGCUAUUGACACUGAAUUUGGUUCUCUGGAAAAGUUGAUACAAAAGAUGAAUGCAGAAGGUGCUGCUGUCGAAGGAUCUGGAUGGGUGUGGCUUGGCGUGGACAAAGACUCUAAGAAGCUUGUGGUUGCGACCACUCAAAACCAGGAUCCAUUGGUAACUAAAGGACCAACUUUAGUUCCUUUGCUUGGUAUUGAUGUUUGGGAGCAUGCUUACUACUUACAGUACAAGAAUGUAAGACCAGAUUACCUAAAGAGCAUAUGGAAUGUGAUGAAUUGGAAGUAUGCAAGUGAAGUAUAUGAGAGCAUAUGCCCUUCAUUUUGAAGUAGGUCUAUGAUCGGGUGGCUUUGCAGCAGAGGUUGAAGAAAUGAUAGUGCUGUUUGUAUUGUGAAAUAUGGAUGGUGUUUUCUUCUGCUCUCUUCAGUGUGUGAGAUGCUGAAUAAAUACGAAAUGUUGCUAUGUUUAUGUAUCCAGAACAGAACAAUGUUGUUUGCUUACAGUUGUACUUGUAGCGCAGUUUGAAAGACUGAAUAAAAAGAAAUAAUUGUGUUGAUGUUA